AUGAAGUUCUUCGCAACAGCAGCUGCCCUUGCGUCUCUCAUCCCUGAAAUUCUCUCGCUCACAGUGAAUACCCCGCCUGGCGUGACGUUCUGCGAGCCGCAGUUAAUUUCCUGGAACGGUGGAACAGCUCCCUACUACGUGACCAUUAUCCCUGGUGGCCAGAUAAAUGCAGCACCUCUCAAGACUUUUGACACCCAGAACGGCAACCAGCUCACUUGGAUCGUUGACAUCCCAGCUGGCACUUCAAUCACAUUAUCUACCAAGGACAGCACUGGUGCCCAGGCCUAUUCCGAUGCCGUCACGAUCCAGCCCGGAGCGGGUACAACCUGUAGCGCCAGCACAACUGGUACUGGGAGCGCGAUGUCUACGACGUCCGCCAGUGGCACAGGCACGGCUAUAAGCUCAUCGAAGGCUUCGGGAUCUAAUACUAGCUCCGCAACGCAUACCACGGCCCAGGGAACUGUGUCCACUAGCAAGUCAACAGCAACUCAGGCUUCGAGUUCCAGCAAGGCGUCUCACAACUAUGAUACCGCUGCGAGCUCCCUUUUGGCUGCUCUGAUGGGAUUGGUCGCGUUCUUUUGAUUCGUUCGGCAUUUCUAGGAAGAUUUGGAUUGGAUGGACUUGACUAUGCUACAUGAUACUGGAUAGAGGAUCGUUAUUUAUUUAAUUUCAAUUAAUAAUUGGACAGAUG